AUGGGACGAGAGACCCUGGCCCUCGGCUGGGCCAUUGCUGUCAUCCUGGCGCUGCAGACCGGGGCGGCUGCAGAGCGCCCCCCACGGACCCUGCACAGCCAGAGCAAGGUGUUCGCAGACCUGAGCGCCCAAGAGCUGAAGGCCGUGCGCAGCUUCCUCUGGUCCCAGAAGGAGCUGAGGCUGGAGUCCUCCAGAGCAUCAACCAUGGCCAAGAACUCCGUGUUCCUCAUUGAGAUGCUGCUGCCCAAGAAGCAGCAGGUGCUGAAAUUUCUGGAUAAAGGUAAAAGGCGUCCUGCUCGGGAGGCACAUGCUGUCAUCUUCUUCGGAGCCCAGGAGCAUCCCAAUGUCACUGAGUUUGCUGUGGGGCCCCUGCCACGGCCCUACUACAUGCGCAAACUGCCCACCAAGCCUGGGCACCAGGCCUCCUGGGCCUCCAGGCCCAUCUCUGCCGCCGAGUAUACCCUCCUGAGCCGCACCCUGCAGGAGCUCACCAAACCCUUGCACCAAUUUUUCCUUGAUACCACAGGCUUCUCGUUCCAAGACUGCCGCGCCCGCUGCCUGACUUUCACAGACGUGGCUCCCCGUGGCUUGGCCUCCGGCCAGCGCCGCACUUGGCUUAUCUUACAGCGCGAUGUAGAAGGCUACUUCUUGCACCCCACUGGGCUGGAGCUCCUCGUGGAUCAUGGAAGCACAAACGCCCAAGAUUGGACAGUGGAGCAGGUCUGGUACAACGGGAAGUUCUACCAGAGCCCGGAAGAACUGGCUCGGAAGUAUGAGGAUGGAGAGGUGGAUGCAGUGGUCCUGGAGGACCCACUUCCCAAGGGCAAGAAGGGAGAGAUCAUAGAGGAACCACCCCUCUUCUCCUCCUACCAGCCACGUGGGGACUUCCCCACCCCUAUCGCUGUGCACGGCCCCCGCCUGGUCCAGCCCCAAGGCCCCCGCUACAGGCUGGAGGGCAACACCGUGCUCUACGGGGGCUGGAGCUUCACCUUCAGGCUGCGCUCCUCCUCAGGGCUGCAGGUCCUGAACGUGCACUUCGGGGGUGAGCGCGUAGCCUACGAGGUGAGCGUGCAAGAGGCAGCGGCGCUCUACGGAGGACACACGCCCGCGGGCAUGCAGACCAAGUACACCGACGUGGGCUGGGGCUUGGGUAGUGUCACUCACGAGUUAGCCCCUGGCAUCGACUGCCCAGAGACGGCCACCUUCCUGGACGCCCUCCACCACUACGAUGCCGACGACCCCAUCUACUACCCCAGAGCCCUCUGUCUCUUUGAGAUGCCCACAGGGGUGCCCCUUCGGCGGCACUUCAACUCCAACUUCAGCGGUGGCUUCAACUUCUACGCAGGGCUCCAGGGCCAGGUGCUAGUGCUGCGAACGACUUCAACAGUCUACAACUAUGACUACAUCUGGGACUUCAUCUUCCACCCCAACGGGGUGAUGGAGGCCAAGAUGCAUGCCACCGGCUAUGUGCAUGCCACCUUCUACACCCCCAAGGGGCUGCGCCACGGGACCCGCCUGCACACGCACCUACUUGGCAACAUGCACAUGCACUUGGUGCAUUACCGCGUGGACCUGGACGUGGCAGGCACCAAGAAUAGCUUCCAGACCCUGCGAAUGAAACUAGAAAACAUCACCAACCCCUGGAGCCCGAGACACCACCUGGUCCAGCCGACUCUGGAGCAGACGAGGUACUCACGGGAGCGCCAGGCGGCCUUCCACUUCGGACAGACUCUGCCCAAGUACCUGCUCUUUACCAGCCCCGAGGAGAACCGCUGGGGCCACAAGCGCAGCUACCGACUGCAGAUCCACUCCAUGGCCGACCAAGUGCUGCCCCGGGGCUGGCAGGAGGAGCGGGCUGUCACCUGGGCCAGGUAUCCCCUGGCAGUGACCAGGUACCGGGAGUCGGAGCUGUGCAGCAGCAGCAUCUAUAACCAGAAUGACCCCUGGGACCCACCUGUGGUCUUUGAGAAGUUUCUUCACAACAACGAGAACAUUGAAAAUGAGGACUUAGUGGCCUGGGUCACUGUGGGCUUCCUGCACAUCCCCCACUCGGAGGACAUCCCCAACACGGCCACACCCGGAAACUCCGUGGGCUUUUUGCUCCGGCCCUUCAACUUCUUCUCAGAGGACCCAUCCCUGGCGUCCAGAGACACUGUGAUCGUGCGGCCCCGGGACAACAGCCCCAACUACAUCCAGCGCUGGAUCCCUGAGGAGGACGGGAACUGCCUGAUGCCCACCCCUUUUAGCUACAAUGGAACCUACAGGCCUGUGUGAAGGGCCCCCAUCCCAAACUAACUCCUACCCAGAAGCCCAAGCGCCCCCCAGGGACAGACAAUAAACCCCUCAGGACUCAGCUCUGUGUCCUGCUUCUUGGGGGAGGCACGGUGGGCAAGACCACGCCCCAGGCCACGUGUGCGGGACACACACAGGUGAGCGAGCACAUGGCCUUGGCCUCCGUUCACUUUGGUCUACUCCACCCCAGAGAGACCUCCAUUACUAAGGCAAAUGACACUCGCUGAAAUACUAGAUUUACCUACCAGAUUGGUGUAAAAACAUCUGAGACUGUCAGCUCUCUCUUGGGAGUCUGUGGGGGACUCUCCCACGUGGCUGACGGGCAUGCAGAGUAGUGCAACCAUGGGAGGAAGCUGUGGAAAAAUCUAGCAAGAUUGCCAACACCUUUAGUCCUUGACACACUGAUGAAACUUCUGGGGGUUUAUCCCACAGAUCUCCCUAAAAACACAGGAAACAUAAGUGUGCAGGGUGAUUCACAGCAGUGCUGUUGUCACAUCCGAGUCUGGAAACAGCCCAGAUGGCCAUCCAGAGGAGAGAUCCUACAACUCUGAAUGAACCAGGGCACAUCCGCACGACGCAGUUCUAGGUGAUUGUCAAAGAGACACGUGAACAAGGACAUUCUCUCUACUGACAAGGAAAGAGCUUCAGAAUAUACUAAGUAAGCAAAGAAAAUAGGUAGAGAACAACACGUAUAUAGUAUGCUAACUUUUCUACGAGAAAAGAGAGGAGUGUGUGUGUGUAUAUAUAUAUAUAUAUAUGCAUACAUACACAUAUACAGAGAGUCAUAAAAACUCUUGAAAGGUGCACAAGAUACUAAUAAAAUGGGUUGCCCAUCAUCUUAGUCCAUUCGGGCCGCUAUAACAAAGCGGACUGGGUGGCUUAUAAACAGCAGAAGUUUAUUGCUCACAGUCUGGAGGCUGGAGGUCCAAGAUCAGGGUGCCAGCAUGGUCAAGCCAGGGCCCUCUUCUGGGUGGCAGACUUCUGACUUCUUGCUGUGUCCCCACCUGGCGGAAGGGGUGAGGGAGCUCUCUGGGGUCUCUUUUGUAAGGACACUAAUCCCACUCACGAGUGCUCCUGUCUCACGACUUAAGCACCUCUCAAAGGCCCCACCUCCUAAUACCAUCACAUUGGGUCCUAGGAUUUCAAUAUAUGAGUUUCAGGGAGACACAAACAUUCAAACCAUAGAACCUGAAGAAGAUGGGGAGAAAUGGGAUGAAUGACACAGGGAAUGGAGCAGGAUUUCUCAA